CGGUGACCCGAGCCGACCGCCCGGCUGUGUCAGGCCUGUGUCAGGGCUGUGUCAGGGCUCGCCGCGCCCGCCCACCCCAUCCGUCCUCGCCAUGCUGGGUACACUCACCUGCGGGCUCGUCCAGUGCAGCAGAAUGGAGGCGCCGGCGAGUACGAACGGUGGCGGCGGCACCAACGGCCUGACCGAGGAGGAGCAGGAGCGCCAACGCAUGCGGCCUGCUGACGUGGAUGCCGACAUGCGCGAGAUGGCGCGCAGGAAGCGGGUCGAGGCCAUUCUCAGCUCCAAAACUUUCAAGUCGGAGCUGGACCGGCUGGUGGAGACGGGCGUCAUCGACGGCAACUCCGUGGGCGGGUGUCUGCAGCAGAUCUCGGACAUGAUGGGCCUGGUCCGCGGUGGGCUCGGCUCUUCACGAGGCACCGACUGCGUGCAGCCGAUAGCGGACUUGCGCGGCGCAGAGUCCUCCAAGUUCACCAAGGCGGAGAAGGUGCUGCGCUGCAAGCUGGCCUCGCUGUUCCGCGUCAUUGACAUGCACGGCUGGGCCGAAGGAAUCCACAACCACAUCACGGUUCGCCUCAGCCAGGAGCCGGAUCAGUUCCUGGUGAACCCGUACGGCCUGCUGUACGGCGAGGUGACGGCGUCGGCGCUGCUGACGGCCGACGCGCACGGCGCCUUGCUGCAGCCCGGCUCGACGGGGCUGGGCCUCAGCGCCGGCGCGUUCGGCCGACAGGCGGCCGUGCUGGCUGCGCGGCCCGAGUUGCGUUGCGUGGUGCACGUGCAGCAGCCGGCGGUGAUCGCCGCCGACCUCGGCCCGCACAGCAAGGUGCUGCUGCUGCAGAACGCCGGCGCGCUCUGCUGCGGCGAGACCGUCGAGGAGGCCUUCUUCCUCGUCUCCCGCCUGGUGGCCGCCUGCGAGACGCAGUGGCGGCUGGGCGAGCUGGAGUUCGAGGCGCUGAUGCGCCAGCUGGACAGCGCCGGCCAUCGCACCGGCCACGUGUACCGGCAUGAGGUGCACCCGGAGACGGCCGGCGCGCAGGGUGAUGCUGGCUACUACGCCCUCGACACGGACGACAUCUUCAAGUACAGCCCGAUGCGGAAGAUGGCGGCCGGCGCUCGGGCUGGCGAGCGCACCCGCUGGCUCAACCAGAAGGUGGAGGUGGUGGAGACGAGCGGCGGCGACGCCAAGACCAAGGUGUCGGUGGUCAAGUUCGACCAGUAG